GGUAUAUAUUAUUACAGUCUUGGGGAACUCUCUGAUGGUUAUCACAAUCACUCUGUCCGCCACCCUUCACUCUCCUAUGUACUUUUUCUUACGUAGUCUCUCCAUCGUAGACAUUUGUUAUACCACGUCAACUGUACCAAAGCUCUUGUUAGAUUUUUUGUCAAAAGUGAAAAAAAUAUCUUUCAUAGGAUGCGUGGCACAAUUGUAUUCUUUUAUAUCUUUUGGUGGCAUUGAAUGCAUUCUUCUAGCUGUCAUGGCAGGUGAUCGAUAUGUAGCUAUUUGCAUGCCUUUGCGCUACACAGAAAUAAUGAGCUUCAAAGUCUGCAAGAUACUGGUGACUAUGUGCUGGCUUGUCGGCCUGUUAAAUUCACUUGCUCACACUGUUUUCACUUUCCGUUUACCAUUCUGCAAGUCUCAGUCCAUCAAUCACUUCUUCUGUGACAUUCCACCACUACUUGCUCUCGCUUGUGCUGAUACUACUGCUAAUGAAAUAGUAGUGUACACUGCAGGAGGGUCAGUAAUUGUGGGGUCUUUUCUGAUUACUCUUAUAUCAUAUAUUUGUAUUGUUAAAGCAAUCAUAAAAAUUAAGACAGUGUCAGGUAGAUAUAAAACAUUCUCUACUUGUGCCUCUCAUUUAACAGUGGUAACACUUUAUUUUGGAACUAUUGUAUUUACAUAUAUACGUCCCACAUCUACUUAUUCCCUUGACCAAGACAGGGUAGUGCCUGUUCUCUAUGGAAUUAUAAUACCCAUGUUAAAUCCAGUAAUAUACAGCUUUAGGAAUAAGGAAGUUCAGGGAUCCUUAAAGAAGAUUAUCUAAAAAAAAUAUAUAUGAUUUUGGUUAUCAAAGAAAAACACACAUUUAACAUAUGUCAUUAUCUUUUACACCAUAUACAUGAUUUGUCUGUUAUCUUUUCCCCAUAUUGCACAGAUAUCACAGUGGGCAAACAAGCUCUUCAUUCUAGCUGCUAUUA